AUAAGAAAUGAAGAAACCUUUCAUUAUGUAAUGUUCUCUGUUCGGUGGCUAAACGUUCUAGGAAUACUUGGAAAUGUGGAAAGCAGCGCAAUUGAUUGUGUUUGCUCUGGUAUUGGAUCAGGGACAAUCAGCAAUUGACGAUGUGUUCCGACAAGUAAUGGAGAAAAAUGACGGUAAAAAAUAUUCAGACUGGUGUCGAUAUAAAAUGAAGGACAGCAACAGAAGGCUGGUUAAGCUAAAUUACGAUAUGGUGAUUGACGAGAGAACAUACAAGGAUGUUUUCAGAAAGGAUUUCAAGGACCAGGAUGUUUCCUGUGAGACAUAUAGCGUUGUUAGUCAGACUGCAAAUCGUCGAAGAAGAAUCGCAAGUGUGGAGAACCGCUGGCCCCUCGAAAUACAAUAUCAGAUAGACACAGGAUUUGAUACCAAUGAAACCAUUAAGGAAGCUAUGAAUCAAUGGAGCAGACACACGUGCUUGCACUUCGUACCAUGGACAGACCAAUACGACCGUAUCAUAUUCAGCCCUAACGAGUGUUUGCCGAUCAUUUUACACGAGAUUGGGCACGCCAUUGGUCUGUACCAUGAGCAAAUGAGGGCAGACCGGGACAAUUACCUCACUGUAAAUUAUGAAUACAUUAACCAGGAAAACCACAACCAAUUUGACAAACUCAACGCGAGCGAAUAUCUCGAUUUUAACAAGCCGUAUGACUAUCAAAGCAUAAUGCAUUACGGAAAACGUUUUUUCGCCAACCCAAGCGAUGCUAUUUCAAUGGAACCGAUUGAUAAAACGUACUUGGAUAUUAUCGGAGAAGCACAACACCUCAGCUUCCAUGAUGUACAAAUUGUGAACGCCAUGUAUAAAUGCUCAGAAAAGUGUACUAACGUAGAAUGCCCGAAGGGUGCAUUUGUGGGGAAAAACUGCGAAUGCUUCUGUCAAGGACCUCUAAAAGAACCUGUCCGACGAUGCAAUGACGUGUUCUGUGAGGCACCGGAUAUUGACUUAUCCAAAAUCGGAGUUUACUCAAUCGAAUCUGUAGAACUGACGAAUUUGUCUGGUAUUCGGUACCCGGACGGAAUUGUUCUCAUAGUGGAGAAUCCCCGUUGCUCCGAAAAUGGGACCGGCACAUAUACCUGUCAAAGCGGCCAAUGGGUUGUGGAUGUUAACUGCAAACCAGAUCGCUGUGUGUACAACACGUCCCGAUAUGACUUCAAACCGAACAUUACUGCGAACGGAUAUGACCAAACCACGGGUUACGUAAACUCGGGAACAAUCGUGCACGUUGAGUGCAUCGAACCAAAAGGUAUCCCAGGUAUCCCAGGUUAUAAUUCUACUUGCACAGAUUCCAUUUGGGUUCCAGAAUUGCCGAAUUGCGAUGCAGAAGUUCGUGCUGAGUUGGUUGAUGGACCCAAUAAAUAUUCUGGGCGUGUAGAAAUAAUUAUUGGGAAACAUCGCGGUACCGUAUGUGAUGAUUCAUGGGACAACAAGGAUGCAUCAGUCAUUUGUAAAAUGCUUGGAUACGGGUAA